AUGGGCGUCGAGAAGAUUGUUGCCAAACCAGGCAAUGGAACAGACUUCCCCAAGAAGCACGACGAAAUUUGCGUUGAAUACACCGGAUGGUUGUACGAUGACGAGGCACCAGACAACAAGGGAACACAAUUCGACACAUCAGUAGGCCGGGGCGAUCUCACGACUCUAAUCGGCGCAGGUCGAGUCAUCCGAGGCUGGGACGAGGGUAUCUUGGGGUCCGAGGAUAUUCCCCCCAUGUCGUUGGGUGAGGUAGCAAUCCUCAAAAUCACAUCUGAUUAUGCUUAUGGCGCUCGUGGUUUUCCAGGACACAUCCCCGCAGAUGCAAAAUUGAUCUUUGAAGUUGAACUCAAGUCCAUCAACAGGAAAGGGGAAUAG